AUGCCCCUCGCCAGAGCAACCUUCGAAGACAUCGUCCUCGCUGAAUCCCCCACCUGGGAGACCGUCGAAGGAAACAUCUACUUUCCUCCCACAGCAAUCAAAGACAAAUCGCUCUUCGUUCCCAUUGACAAGGUGACAUUCUGUCCCUGGAAAGGAGACGCAUCAUAUUACUCUCUUGUGCUUGGGGCUACGACAAUUCCCGGUGCAGCAUGGUAUUAUCCCAACCCAUAUGAUGCUGCCAGCAACAUCAAAGACCAUGUGGCGUUUUGCAGCAUUAAAGUGAGCGUUGAAUGA